AUGCCAUCUGAUGCGGCGGACGAUGUUCCUUCUCUCAGCCAGAUACGCGCUGCCAUCUCCGAAAAAUUCGGCUAUCGCGCGUGCCUCUGGCAGCUACAAGUCGUCCAAGCACUUCUUCGAGGAGACAAAGAUGUGGUUUGCAUUGCGGGUACCGGUUCCGGGAAGACAUUAACAUUCUGGAUGCCUCUGGUGUUUAAGCCUAAGGGCCUGCAAAUCAUAGUCACUCCCCUCAAUAUCCUCGGGGACCAGAAUACAGGCGGAUUGAAGAAGCUUGGAAUAUCUGGGAUUGCUUUGAAUAAGGAGACUGCUACUGCUCGUAACCUGCAGGAUGUUGAAGACGGCAAAUAUAGCGUUGUUACUGUCAACCCUGAGAUCCUCAACUCACGGUUUGACAGGCUAUGGAAGAAUGAGACAUUCACGUCUCGUAUCAUAAGCAUGGUUUGGGAUGAAGCUCACUGUGUCAGCACGUGGGGCGACUUCCGAGAGCAAUACAAGGAAUCACAUCGUCUACGGUAUAUUAUUCCACAGACCAUUCCUUUCUACCUGCCCUCCGCAACUUUGCCUGAAAUUGUCCUGAAAGAUGUUAUGUCAAUUCUCCAGAUACGCCAGGAUAAAUUGUGUAUCAUACAAAGGCCAAAUGAUCGCCCCAAUAUUCGGAUAGCAGUCAGCAAGAUGAAACACCCUGCCAAUAGCUUUCGCGACUUAGAUUUCUUGAUCCCGAAUAGCCAACCACCCGAGGAGCCUCACAAAAAAUUCCUCGUAUUCUUCGACAGCAUCGCAGAAAGCUUGAAGGCCACAAAAUAUUUGCAAGCUCGGCUUUCUGAGGUCCACGGCAGGGACCAUGUGGGCAAGGUUGCUUGGUUUAAUUCCGAUAUGAGCGACAGCUACCGCCGUGACUACGCUAAAGAACUCAGAAUGGGCGAGGUGUGGGGUCUCAUCUGCACGGAUUCAUUCGGAAUGGGAAUGGAUCUUCCGGAUAUUGACACCAUCGUACAAUGGAAAGCGACCUGUACAAUGUGUGCGCUCUGGCAACGCUUCGGUCGUGGUGCGCGUGACUUCAGGAGGACAGCGUUUGCCCUGUUCCUAGUCGAGCCAAAACAUUUUGAUGGAGAGAAGGAGAAAGCGGCAAAGGCAAAGGCGCGACGCGAGGCGAAUAAGAAGAGGAAGGCAAUCGCGCACCAAGACAGCAAUCAGACAAAGAAGACCCGUACCUCCAACUCACCGGCUUCAUCCGUCGUCCCUACGUCUACCCACAACCCUGCACCUCGUGUGCCGGUGAUGUUACCCGAGUCCGACGCGCAGCCAUGCGCAGUUGAAACGGUAGAGAGCGCCGAUGCAGACGGCGAGAAUGAUGAGAACGCGAAUGACGGAGGAUAUGAGGAGCUACGAGAGGUGUAUGAGCGCGCUGAGAUGUGCGGGACAACAGGUAAACGGACACGUACCAUAGAACCAGCGAUGCAGGACAUGAUCAAUGCGAGCACACGAACGUUCAAAUGCUUCCGCAUACCCGUGAAGGUAUAUUUUAGGAAUGACAAACUUGAAUCAGAUCACAACGCGUGCGACCCGAGCCUUCCCACAGGCUGCACGCGUUGUGCAAGCAUACCACCUCCCGUCUGCUGCAACUUGUGCCAUCCCGACGCAUUCCCCCCCUUUGAUAGCCCCACCCCAUCUGCGCCCCCUGCUCCCCGUCGUUCUGCGCUCAAGGACUACAAACUGGAUUCCACGGACUCUAAGCUAAGACAGGCCCUCCAUGACUUGCGUAUGAAGCGGGCAGAAGAACUGUAUGGGCCCGCUGUAGUUCGGGAUCUCGGGCCCGGGUGCUUCAUGCCUGACAGCAUCCUGAAGAGGAUUAUUGACUGCGCACACUACAGCAAAGUCACUACGACAAAGGAGCUGGCGACGGAGACACGAUGGACGUUAGCAGAACAGUACGGCCACGAUGUCCUCGCUGUGAUCAACGCGGCUCGACCGGUAUUACAGCAGAGUCCGUUCACCUCAGAACCCAAGGGGCAAAUAUCAAGUAGUCGGGAUCGCCCUCCACCAUCAUCUGGGACGCCGUCUGCCCCGGCCAGGCAGCCGCGGCAGUGUCGCGCUUGUGGGGCAACUGAUCAUAUUGCAUCUAACAGACGUUGUCCCAAACAUGGAGUCACCUCAUCCUCGCCAGCUAUCUCUGGCGACGAGAAUCGGCAUCCAGGGCCGAUGGAAUAUAGUCGGCUAUCUGGGCGAGUCCAAAGCACUUCAAUCUCACAAUGCCCUGCACCCCCGAUUUGUCCCUAUCCCAUGCCAAUUAUAAACAGUCCUCCGUCGAACUUCUUUCCAGGUUACGCUAUGUACAAUCUCCCAUCUCUGUCACAUCAUUAUCCACCAGCCCGAGCAUCACCUCUACGUGCUUCGCAAAUCGCGCCCAACUUCUUUUAUGGAUACACAUCUCCUGCAGGGCCGUCUACUCCCCGGACAAUGGAUCGAACCUGAGGAUUUCAUCCGUAUCUUCUGUAUUAUCUAGAUUGGACAGGUAGUUCGCCCAGCCGACGUCUAUUGCGUUAGUGAUGACGUAUUGGGUGGGCCGUCCAGCCCGGUAUUCAUUCGUUCCUUCUGUUUUCAUGUAGUCUCGAAGUGCCUUGUAUGUUUUUGACAAAUCUGGGGGGCUGUGACGUCGGGUUAGGUCUGUUAGGUGCAGAUUCCGCUCAAUGUUUUCGGUACAACUUCGAAACACAUCUAUGAGAGGUGACUCGAGUAUGACACGAUCUUUUGUGUAGUUUGAACUGC